GAAAAUGCCUCGGGACAGGGACCCCCUUGUUGUUGGACGAGUGGUAGGUGAUGUUUUAGACCCCUUCACAAGGUCCGUUUCUCUGAGGGUGACCUACGGCAAUAAGGAGGUUAACAAUGGUUGUGAGCUCAAACCUUCUCAAGUUGUCCAGCAACCUAGAGUUGAUACUGGUGGUGACGAUCUCAGGACUUUCUACACUCUGGUCAUGGUGGAUCCUGAUGCACCCAGCCCAAGUGAUCCCAACCUAAAGGAAUAUUUGCAUUGGUUGGUUACGGAUAUUCCAGCAACAACCGCGGCAAGCUUCGGGCAAGAGAUCGUGUGUUACGAAAGUCCACGGCCAACAGUUGGGAUUCAUCGCUUUGUUUUUGUGCUGUUUCGCCAAUUGGGUAGGCAAACAGUGUAUGCUCCUGGAUGGCGCCAAAACUUCAAUACCAAAGACUUCGCCGAGCUUUAUAAUCUUGGAUUACCGGUGGCUGCCGUCUAUUUUAACUGCCAAAGGGAGAGCGGCUCCGGUGGGAGGAGAAGAUAA